CAGUCUAGUUUGCUAACAACAGUGUGUCCACGAGGCGCUCUGGACUACAGAGUUUUAUUAUUUUAUUUCUGCGGUCACGUUGAACAUGGCGCAAGUUGCGUGGAUGUUUUGUCUGUUUGCAUGGAUUUUUUCUGCCUUUCCAUUCACACAAGUAUCAGCGGAAGCUGAUUUUAAUGUUGACCGAUGGGAGGGUCAAGUGCAUCAAGACUACCAAUUUGCGGAGCGGGACCUCCUGGGCAAUGUACCAGUGCGUGAGGUGAUCAAGCCUCGGAUAGGGGAAGACGAUGCCAUCGGUGCCCAGCGGUCAGAACCACCAUACUACUUCCUUCCCAUGUUCCAGCACUCGGCGGUUCCCGUCGUCGAUAGGGACUUGUUCAGACCAGUCGUCGGGAAAAUACGUUUCCCCAGUAUCUUCACCACCCUCUUGUUUCCACCACAAAAUAGUCCAGAGCGCAACCACUUCUCUCCCGUGCGUAAUCCGCGUGGAGUGGAGGUGUGGUGCGGGUACAACCAGAUCUCCGUGCGCAUCAACAGAAGUCAGCUCAGGUUUAGGUGUCUGGCCUCCAUGCUCUUCCUGGGCACUUGCCCCGUCACCCGGGUCACCCCACUUUUCUUUUACUUCCAUUAUGACUUGAAUGACUGUGGCAGUACUCAAACGACCAUGAAUGGCCAGCUGGUGUACUCCAGCUCACUUCGCUUUUCUCCAGAACCACAAGGGCCAGUGAUAAGAGCCAUACCUCUCAACCUCCCCAUUCAGUGCAUAUAUAACCGAUUCCACUACUCCUACAAAGUUGGCUAUGUACCUGAGGUGCAUGACCGCAAUCUCUUGAAGAGUAUGAAUGGCAAACACAUCUUUAGGCUCACUGCAUGCAAUGAGCAAUGGGAACAAUUGUCAUCAGAAGAGGGCUAUAUGCUUGGGGAGCCAAUGUACUUCAAAGCCUACGCUGCUUUUGUCCCCAAAGAUGAGAGUGUGUUUGUUGAUUCCUGCUUUGUUACGACAUCCAAUGACCCAAAUGCCACACCUCGCCUUGAAGUCAUUCACAACUUUGGAUGUAUGGUGGACAGCAAGCGGAAAGGCAGUCAGUCCCAGUUCUUCUCCAGAGAGUCAAAUGUCCUGCGCUUCACUGUGGAUGCUUUCCUGUUUCCCCAAAUCACUGCCAAGCAUCUCUACCUGCACUGUACUAUGACUGUCAUGAAAUCCACUUCUAAGUGGAGCGCCAAGUCCUGCACGUACAAUAGAGCAGUGGGAAGGUGGGAGGAGCUGUAUGGCCCUCCCUCUGUGUGCUCCUGCUGUGAUUCUGUCUGUGAAGUGUCAGAGUUUUGGCCAGCCUUGACAUCUCCUUCAGUGAAAAGCCUGAUCACCAGUAAACCCUGGAGAGUGUUGGAGGACAGGGAGAAGAGUUUGCCCAUUCAGGCUGAGGAGAGACAGGCAGAUGGUGAGGAGAGGGUGGAGGAGACCUUGGCAGUUACUUAUAGAGUGGAGAAGGAGAAGUUUAAAAGCUUGGCAGUCGCUCCUUGGGAGGAGGAGAAAAACAUGUCAGUUGCUGUUAUGAAUAAGGUAGAGGAGGUGCAGGAAGGGACAGUUCUAGGAGAGGAGGGGGUGGUAGCCAGAAAAGAAGGGAGUGUGGAGGAGCCGAUUGAUGACAAACGGGCUGAGAAGGAGAUGAUUGAGGUGGCAGCUGACGAGCUUGGCACAGACCAAGUGACAUCAAGUGUAACUUUGGAACAUGUACCUGAGGAGAAUACUGUGACGGUUAAGGAGGUAGCUCAGUGGAACAUGUCGAGUGUCACCAUGAAUGCUAAGGUGUCAAAGAAAGCUAAGGAGCAGGUUGCUGGGAUAGAAGGGUCAAAGGUUGAGAGAGUGGGGGUUGGACAGAUGCCUUUGGUGGACGAAGCGGCAGCAUUUCUGCAGGGGUACAUGGAGCCUGCCGAGUGGAGAGAAGAUUACCAAGGACCAGCCCUAGAGGAAGAGCUGGGGAGGUUUUGGAAACCAUCCACAAAGGACAAGCUUGCUGUGCUGGAAACUUCUGUCCCUAUUGGAACAUUAACUUUAAAUUAAAUAUUUCAUAAGAAUUACACCUAAGUGUCCUUGUAUGAUUGAAUAUUAAAUUACCCCUGAUAUAAGCAGUGAA